UCUUGCCACAACUGUCUGUGGUGCGUAGGCUCCGCCCCUGGGCGGGGCGGGGCCGCUCUCGGGUCACAGCCGCCGGCCCGCGGCUGCCGGUAGUUAUGUGAGUUCAACCACACUGAGAUGGUCCAGGAGCUUCUGCCACCUCCCCACUCUUUGAAUCAUAAGGGAAGUUUGAUUUGAGGCUCAGAUGAUCUUAGUCUGUAACAUGAACAAUCUAAACAUCAACAACAUAUAAAGCAUGUGGUGCCGUAGGUUGAUGCAUGUAUUCCCCAGCACCCAGUGCCUGCUGAAUAGAAAUUAUAGACACCAGUCAUCAUGGCAUCAGUGUUUCAGAAACGUCUUCCCGACUACUACAGCCCGUUGGCACCAUACAGUCCCAGAGUCUCUGAAUUGUAUCUGGCAGUUGCAUAACGAUCAUUUGGAGCUCAGGUAUGCAGAUACCCUGAUGCGCUUUGACUAUGUGUGGCUGCGUGAUCACUGCCGCUCAGCAUCCUGCUACAAUGCCAAGACUAAUCAGCGCAGCCUAGAUACAGCCAGUGUGGAUCUGUGCAUCAAACCAAAGACAGUCCGAGUGGAUGAAACUACACUCUUUCUAACAUGGCCAGAUGGUCAUGUGACCCGGUAUGGGUUAGAAUGGCUGGGGAAGAACAGCUACGAGGGGCAGAAGGAGCAAGUCAUGCAUCCUCGAAUUCUCUGGAAUGCAGAGAUCUACCUGCAAGCUCAGGUACCAUCCACUGACUGCAAGAGCUUCCUGGAAACAAAUGAGGGCCUGAAGGAGUUCCUGCAGAACUUCCUGCUGUAUGGGAUUGCUUUUGUAGAAAAUGUUCCCCCAACCAAAGAGGACACAGAAAUCUUAGCUGAGAGGGUCAGCUUGAUCAGAGAGACCAUCUAUGGUCGAAUGUGGCAUUUCACCUCUGACUUCUCCCGGGGAGACACCGCAUACACAAAACUGGCUCUGGAUCGUCACACUGACACCACCUACUUCCAGGAACCCUGUGGCAUCCAGGUGUUCCACUGCCUCAAGCAUGAAGGGACUGGUGGCCGGACACUGCUUGUGGAUGGGUUCUAUGCAGCAGAGAAGGUGCUCCAACAAGCUCCUGAAUCUUUUGAGCUGCUCAGCAAGGUGCCAUUGAAGCAUGAGUACGUGGAAAAUGUAGGAGGCUGUCACAAUCACAUGAUCGGUGUUGGGCCUGUUUUAAACAUCUAUCCUUGGAACAACGAGCUGUAUUUGAUCAGGUACAAUAACUAUGACCGAGCAGUCAUCAACACAGUGCCUUACGAUGUAGUGCAUCGCUGGUACGCUGCACACCGAACACUCACCACAGAAUUAAGGAGACCAGAAAAUGAACUCUGGGUCAAACUGAAGCCAGGCAAGGCACUGUUUGUGGAUAACUGGCGAGUACUUCAUGGGCGGGAAUCAUUCACAGGAUACCGCCAGCUCUGUGGGUGCUACUUGUCGAGAGAUGAUGUGCUGAAUACUGCACGGUUCUUGGGAAUGAAAGCUUAGCAUGGACUGUCUGCAGCUGAGAGGCAGUCAGCAUUCGACAAGCUGCAGUGCCCCAGGAUUGUAUAUCACCAGGAUGAAAAUGGUCUGGAUACCUCAACCCUUCCAUCCAUUCUAGACAGUCCCUGGUGCCUGAGGGAGCACUCCGAGGUCAGAGGGCACCAAAGCAUUGCCUGAUUGCAUUUUCCCAUUGAAAAAUCACACUGCUCUUGCUCCCUCCUCCCCCCGCCCCCUUUGCCACCCGAGGACCUUUCAGCACAGUCUGGUUCAGAGUUGCAAGAAAGACACUGAGGCAGAGCUGAUCAGGAUACUGUCAGAAAUUCUCCCACUCAAGUGCCUUUUGGAUUAUAAAUGAGGGUAUGAAAGCCUCAUAUUUCCUCUGUUCAUCAAUUGUUGCUUUUUUCAGCCACUAGCUUAGGUUUUUAUUGUACAUGGCAGAGUUGAUUUUUUUUUUUUUUUGCCAUGUCUUUCUCUGAGCUACAUGAGAGUCCCCUCUACAGAGAGGAUUUCAGUGAUCGUACUUGAAACAGUGUAGAAAUCAAACCACUCCAGCUUGGGCUUGGUGAUACACUUCAGUAACUACUCUUCCACUCGUUACAGACACCCACACCAUGUAAACAUAGAAAUAAUAGGGUUGUAGAGACAGCAUCAUAUUUCUCCACUAUUUGAGAGUAAGGCAUGCUGAUUGAAGGCCCAGCUGGAUCAGUCAGUGCAGCUGGGACAUCUCCAAACAAGUUUUAGUGGAAGAGUAAGAAGGAGAGGGAGAAGUGAUCCAUGAGGGGAGGGAAGCAAAGCACGGUCCCCCCGGGUGUGUAAAGUGAGAGCAGUAUUUCCCAUGCUUUGUGGAGUGGUAAAAGGUUUGUGCCCAGCAUUCCUGCAUCCUACUCCACCAGCCGCUUGGAGCUUCCCUGUAUCUACAGUGCAGGUACAGCUGCUGUAGGGUUUUCCUGAAGACUCUACUUGUGUCUGUCUGUCCCACUAUUUUGAAGCCUACAAGCUUUAUGUAGGAGAACUCUCCAUUUGCUACUGGAGAAGGCUUGGAUAUGUAACCCAUGUUUUUAUACCUGUAGGUACUUAAUGAGAGGUGGUUGUCAAGCCCCCAGAAGAAAUGAACAAACAGGGGUGACUGGUUUUGUUUAUCUUUACAGUUGUCUCUUAAAAUAUUUAUUAACAAGCUGUUUCCUCUUAAGAACACCUGACUCAGAACCAAGAAGGGUUUUUAAAUUCUCAUUCCCUUUUCAUUCUUUAGGCAGUGUGACUGUUUUUCUGCUUCACUCUGCUUAGACAUAGAAGCUAAGUUUGGUUGCUCCCACAUCCUGGUUCUCAUGCUCUAGGAAGAUGCUGUUGUGUUUGGGUUGUGAAAGCAGCCCAAGGAUGCUUAUGUACCAAACCAACCACCUUUUGUGUGGGCCAAACUACAUGAAUUGCUCCCAUAGGCACUGAGAGACUCCUUCAGUCAUUGGGCUUGGCCCUGAAGGGCUUCAAGUAACUGCAGAGCAUUGCAUGAAGCCAUCAACUGGUUAUAAGUGUGUUUCAGUGACCCUGAAUUCGGGUAUUACAAACUGGUGCCAGGAGGUUCCUUUUCAGUCAUGUGCAUCUCCCAAAACCCUGUCAGCCUCUGUCACAGGAGGCUGCUGCUUCUGUCUUGCAGCAUGGAAAACAAGUCAAGCACUGUACAAAGAAUACCGCUUCUAUCCAUUACUUUAUUUAAAGAGAACUUGAUUACAGAUAACUCUUAUUAUUCAACUGCCAGCCAGCAAAGCUCUUAAUUCUAAAGCUUAUUAAAAGCAUUUAGUUUUAAAAGUUAGAUUUAAACAGCAAACUAAAAAUGUCAUGUUCUGUGCCUCCCACAGGUCAGUCAGGAACACCAGCAAAAGUCAGCUUUGCCUUCUGGCUUUCAGUGUUUAGUACAAUGACAUCUUGGGCUUAGACUGCUGCAUGGGGGUGUCCAAAAACAGCCUGUAGUAUUUUAAUUGAAAUGGGUGGAAAAAAACAAUUAUAUUCAACAUCUUAAAAUAUUUAUAGAGUGGAAAGGGACCUCUGCCUUCUAAAAACUGAGCCUGAAACUUAAAUGAAAGACUUGUGGGGAGGAAGUAAAGGUGAUUCCAGAAUCCCUUUGCUCUGUAUGGAGUAUUCUGUAGGCAUGUUUAAUUGGGACUUUACAUAUGUGACACCCGAGUCUAAGUAUCCUAAUCUCAGAAGGCAGCACUGUGGGCUAUGCAGCCAGUGAAGCUCUGCCCACUGUAACAAAGGAAAAUGCAGAGAUGAAAACCCCACAGGACAUGCUACUUGCCAGAGAUUUGGUGCUUUACAUAACUGGAGCUUCCAUAGUGAGAAUUUGUAUAUUGACAAAAGACUAGUGCAGUGUGUGCCUUUAUAAUAGGGAAUGGCAUUGCUGCAGGACUAGUGGAAUUCAUACCUAACUGCCAGUGAAAAAGAAUGGGUUAUGGGUCUGCUAAGGAGUGAUCUAAUAGAAACUGAACCCUCCUUCCAGAGUAGCUGGAAGUUGCUAUCCAUUCAUUGCCUGUAAAAAUAACAUGGUGCUGUUUUGCUUUGUCUGGUUGCAGAAAGUUGGGGAAAGCUGUCCAGGCUAAACUAGGAAUGUAUUAAUGUCUGAAACAUUAUUUUUCUUGUAUGUAUUUUUCAACUUUUCAGAAUCCAUCCUCAGCAGUAAAUGUGGAAGGAGAGAACUUUUGCUUUAAGUUUUGUUCUCCAUCUUUUCCCAGAUGCUGGAGGAUUGAUUUUCUCCGAAACAGCUUGCUGGUGUGAGACCUUUUGGAGAAGCAGGAUUGCUUAGAGUCACAUACUAACCUUCUAUACAAAUCUAUGCAUUUAUCUUAGUGCCAUGUACGGAAGAGCUUGCAUUUACUACAGUGUUCUUUGAUCAAUCUUUGUAAUCAAGCUUUUGAGAUUUUUUUUCUUCAGCUAAUAAAAGAUUAACUGCUUCCUUUCCCCUCCCACUGUGAAGUGAGAUUCAAGUUUUAUAUAAAGAUUGUAUCCCU